UUCUGAGUAAUCUGCAUCAGUUGAGAGCUGACAGUCAACAACUUAGUUUGUACACUUUUAAAACUAGUCACACUUUAUUAAAAAAUGAAAACUUCAUUGCUAUGUUUGGCUGCCGUAUUGGUUGGAGCUGUUGCUGUGCCGGAGCCGGAUGCUGACCCCCAAACUUAUUCAAAACCUGCCUACCCAGCAGUUCCGUCCGAUAACUGCAACCCCCGCAAGGCACCAAAGUGUUUGGAAAACAGCACUGAAACUUUCUGUCUCACAGACGCUGAAUACCCCGAAAAAGAAAUCAGGAGUGCCAUCAAGUACGACCCGUUGGUGCUGCAGAGGUACUAUGAUAUUGCCAAACAGUCGGCCGACAACUUGGUCGAUGGACUGACAUCUUUAUCGGAAAAACAUUACGACUACUCCAACUACACGGGCAAGAUUUUCGAGAAGGCCAACUGGAUUGGCGAGGAGGGAUACAUUUGUCCCAGCAAUGUCCAUUACGCCCGCCCUCUGCGCGCUCUGAACGUUGAUGGUGAAUGGCGUGCCAUCAUUCAAGAUAUCGCCUGGCCGGGAUACACGCAGACCCAACGUGUCGAGAUUUGCUUGUUCCCCGGCUCCUCUUGCCGCACUUUGGCUCCUUGCUAUGGUAGCAAAUGCUUGCAAAAGUACGUCUACCAGCGCAUGUUGUCCUUCGAUCCUUGCGAUGCCAAAAAGGGAAUUUUCAUUGACCUUUACAAACUGCCAUCGGCUUGCUCUUGCCACAUUCCCGUUAAACUUCAUUGAACCAAUGAUCCCUUAUAGAUAAUACUAAUCUUUCCUUUAAUUAGCUUAAAAUUUUUCUCGCAAGUAACGAAAAGCAGCUACGUCUUUUAUUUACUUGAUAAUUACUUUCUUUUUAUUAUAAGGUGAACAUGAAAACUUAUUUGUUCAUUGAAUAAUGACGUGUCUUGUCAACGUAUCGAACUGGAAAAAGAGAAAUUAAUAAAGCGUUAACUCACGAUGACGUCAGCCGA